AUGAGAUUAUUACUUUUGAUAUUGUAUCUGGUAUCGGGGAGUUCUGCCUCUCCCAUAACCCUUCAAUUGGCGCCAAACGAAAAAGAAUGCGUGUAUGUUGACAUAGCGGGCGAAGCAUGCCAUAUAUCGUACUACUUUGCGGUUCAGGAGGGUGAAUAUAAUGCAUUCAAUGUCGAGUAUGAAUUAUGGUCACCAGAAAACAAGGAUAGUCCGAUAAACGCCCAGAAGGAUAAGGUUCAAGGCGAAUGGACGUUUGCGGCAGUAUACCCCGGAGAGUAUGCCCUUUGCGUGAUUGGAGAUAACUACACUAAGAUAGUAGAUUUAGACAUUGUUAAGAUUUGUGCAGACGAACCCGAUAAACCGAAAGAUUCUCGUUUGAAUAUCGACUAUAUCGGUUAUUCUCAAGCACCCUCAGUGGAAGAUUCGGUAAACCUUAUAGAAAGACAGUUACAGGUACUUGAGCGUAAUUUGAAAUUCUACAAGUCACGUAGCGAAAGAAAUAAUUAUACCGUUAGGUCUAUCCGGUCAAGAAUUGGGACGAUAUCUAUGUGGAUAAUUAUUCUUGUACCGCUGUUGGCCCUUUUGCAAAUAAUACUAAUGAAAUACGUUAUGGUUAAGUUUGGAUCAUGA